AAUAAUACUCGUCACAGUGAUCUGGUUAGAAGCGACUUUUAUUUUUCUUGCAAAAUUGAUUAAAAAACUAAGCAAAUUAAGCAAAGAAAUUAAAGUGAAGAAAGGAGUAAAUUAUUGUCGCAGCAACUGGAAUUUACAAACACUAAAUUCCCGAAGAAAAGACGUUACUACAACCUCUUAUAGGUUUUCAAUCCAGGUGUGUCCAUAACCAAUCGAAGUGCCAUCUCGCAUAGCGAGGAGUUUCUUGUUGCUUUAAGGAACAACAACAACAAAAUUAUUUAAAUUUCCGUGGUCGACGUGAAAUGUUGCCAUUUACACCACAAGUCGUUAAACGUUUAUUGGCAUUAAAAAAGUGUAACGAAGAUAGCGUUGAAGGCAAGUGGUCUGAAAAGGCUGUCAAAAAUUUAGUGAAAAAAAUCAAAAAGAACUCAUCAUUGGAGGAACUAGAACGUGCAAUUUCUACACAGAAUCCAAAUACAAGGUGUGUCACUCUACCGCGCAGCAAACCCACUGCUUCGGGUGAAAACCUACGCAAGGGUUUGCCGCACGUAAUCUAUUGUCGUUUAUGGCGUUGGCCGGACUUGCAAUCACAAAAUGAAUUGAAAGCUUUGGAUCAUUGCGAAUAUGCAUUUCAUUUGCGCAAGGAUGAAAUUUGUAUAAACCCAUACCAUUACAAGAAAUUGGAACUGUCGAUAUUGGUGCCGAAGUCACUACCCACACCUCCAGACAGUAUAGUUGACUAUCCGCUAGAUAAUCACACCCAUCAAAUACCAAAUAAUACAGAAUACAAUGCUGCAACUAUACGUAGUGCGUCGUUAAGUCCUCCGCAAUACAUGGAUAUAGGAAGGUCACAGCAGCAGCAGCACCAAUAUCACCAACAACAGCAGCGUUCGCCUGCCAGCUUCUUUACGGGAAAUAUGAGUGGGGCAUCGACUCAGCAGCAGCAGCAACAGCAAAUUACCACUAAUAACCUACCGCCAGGUGCGUGUAACAUGGAUUCCCAGUCCAGUGUAUUGAGUGUGGGUAGCAAUAGCAUGCCAAACACGGGUACACCUCCGCCAGGAUAUAUGAGUGAAGACGGUGAUCCGGUAGAUCCGAAUGAUAAUAUGAAUAUGACACGUUUGACGCCGCCAGCGGAAUCAGCACCAGUUAUGUAUCAUGAACCAGCAUUUUGGUGUUCCAUAUCAUACUAUGAAUUGAAUACACGCGUGGGAGAAACAUUUCAUGCCUCUCAGCCCUCCAUUACAGUAGAUGGCUUUACAGAUCCUUCGAAUUCGGAGAGGUUCUGUUUGGGACUGCUCUCCAAUGUGAACCGCAAUGAGGUGGUGGAGCAAACACGUCGACAUAUCGGUAAAGGGGUACGCCUUUAUUACAUCGGCGGAGAAGUGUUUGCUGAAUGCCUAAGCGAUUCAUCUAUUUUCGUACAAUCGCCAAAUUGCAAUCAACGCUAUGGCUGGCAUCCGGCAACUGUUUGCAAGAUUCCACCUGGCUGCAAUCUGAAAAUAUUUAACAACCAGGAGUUUGCGGCGUUGCUCUCCCAAUCGGUUUCGCAAGGUUUCGAAGCGGUGUAUCAAUUGACACGAAUGUGCACCAUACGCAUGUCCUUUGUCAAAGGAUGGGGAGCUGAGUAUCGACGUCAAACCGUCACAUCCACUCCCUGUUGGAUCGAGUUGCAUUUGAAUGGUCCUUUGCAAUGGUUAGAUCGCGUUCUAACGCAAAUGGGCUCUCCGCGCAUGCCAUGUAGUUCCAUGUCUUAAACAACAGAACAACUUAUACGCAGCAUAACCAGAUUUUUAGAUUACGAGUAUAUAGAAUAGAGAGAAGAAGAGGAUAUGUUUCUCUGUGUGUUUUUUUUUUAUUUUAUUUCUUUCAUCUAAUUAUACUAUAAUUAAGAUUGCAUGAGCAAGUAGUUGUACGCAUUAAGUAAAAUUGAAAAAAAAUUGUAUUUUACCUAGAUUUAUUGUCAUUGUGACACUAAUAAUUCAUUGUGUUUUUAUUUUGUGUGUUUUUUUAUACAUAUACAUAUUUCAUUUAUGUUUGCAUUUGUUCCUUAUUUUCUUUUGAUUAACAAGAAAAAAUUGAUUUUGAAAAUUUGUUAAAACUUUAAAAAACGGUUUAUUUGUUUGUUGGCUUGUGUGAAGUGUUUGUAGUUUGCCAAUUACUUAGAGUAAUGAAAUCGUCGAUGAAUACGAUACUUGAUCAUAUAAUGUUUUGAAUGUUUUUUUCUAAAUAACUUUUGAAUUGACCAUUAGCACAGAGUCAGAGUUGCCACAAUAUGGUUUAUAUUGUUGACCGCUUAACUGAUUUUAUUUCUUUGUAUUUUAUAUAAAAAAGUUUACAGUCAGUAGACAUAUUUAGCAUCGGCUAAGAGAUUUUCACUCUUUAUAUAUAUUUUUUAUACUUGUAUGUUAGUCUCAACAUACAUAUAUCCUGUGCUUUUUUUUAAUAAGUUUGUCACUUUUUAGUUAAUUGUUCAGUUUUGUUCUAUUAUAUGUUCUGUUUUUAUUCGUUUAUUGAUAUUUUCUGAUUAUCUUGCUCAUUAUACUCUUGUUAGACCUCUAUGUAAUGGUCCUCGACCAUAUAACGUAUGCAUACAUUUGUUAUCCUUUUGGCAUUUUUAUCUUAAUCAAGCCAUGUUCGUCUGUCUGUAAAAGUAGGGUUAUACUUCAAUGAAAGGCUGAACAAGAUUAUUCAUAGAAUUGAUUGAUUUCAGAAUGCUGAACUAAAGUCCUAUACAAAAUCUCAUUUAAUUCACGUACGCUUGAUAUGUACGCUAUGUCCCUAUUAGAUUUUCCACCACUGUAGCUCCCAUAUAAACCGAUCGUAGGAUUGCCUUCCCAUUGUGCUUAAAUUUGAUAUGUAAAAUACUCUAAUGAACUUAACCAUACACAAGAAAUAUGGGUCAUCUACAUCCGUGGGUAUAUAAUCCAUGAUAAAUUGCCCACGAACUUUUCAUUAAGGAACAGGAUGCCAACUUCUCACAUAUCAAUGAGUGCUGUCCGAUUCAAGUUUAAGCUCAGAGAUAAAGGACCUCCUUUUAAUAGCUGAAUCGAAACGACAAAACUUUGGGUAGAAGUUUUUACAUGGCUGCUGUGCCAUUUACCUGGCAUAGUAUCUUACAAAUGUGGCCAGCAUUAAGAGGCAUAACCAGUACUGCAAUCCCAUGGCAGCCGGUUGUACGUGUAUAACACACUGCUAUAACAACAACAACCAGUGCUGAAUAUUUUUCUGAUGUUCUCGCCAGGAUCCAAAACCAGGCGUUCAUAGUCAUAGGUAGACGUUUAAGCCCUGGCCACCUUGCGAGGCGUACCCCAUUUUAAUCGAUUCUCCUUUUUUGAGCCCUUAAAAGCCACAAUUUUUGUCCAAUUUGACAGCACUUUUGUUCGAUUGACAUUUGCACACCUUCAUAACGGGCGCGAAAUUUUUGACUUCUGUUCUAGCAAACUGCGGCAAAGCGUUAGAACUUUUUUGAUGGCCUGAGAAAUGGAAAGUUGAACGCGUUGAUAUUCUGAUGGAGUAUAAACGUUCUCCCAUAUAGGUGACAUAAGAGCAAAGUACCUAACGGAAAUCCUCAACCGGUACCCGAGACAUGGGAAAUUGGUUGAAUGAGAAAUGAAGCCACGAAAUUCUGCAGACCAAGUAAAUUUUUUAUAGGCGUUUUUUCUCCUAUCCCCGGACGCAAAAACAUUUGAGGCACUUCUACCACUCAGAUUGAAUCCAUCUCUAUUCGCAGCAUAUUUUGAACAUGGUGUGCGCAAAAUGCUCAGCCAGACUUUAUAACUUACCACCAUCACCACACAUAUCACCCACAGUCUGAAUGAGAAAAGACCCCGUGGCGCACUGUUUUCGUAGCUCUGAACCAUUCGAUAGGUCAAUACGGCACGGGAUAACUAUGAACACCACACAGACGGAACUUUGAGCUCCGAUAUGUGUGGUGGUCAUAUAUAGUUAUCACGAUAAGCUCAGCUGGGAGCUACCGGGCGCGUCCACAGGUUGCGGAUAGUGGGAUGCUUCGUAGCUAUAACUUCAGUAGUGGACAAACAGUGGUAUUGGGUGUAGAGUCUCAGUGAGAGCCCGGGUGACACCGGCUUUUGAUAUGA